CUGAAGACCCCGCACAGCGACUACAUUCACGAUGCUGUACAUUAUCGGGCUUGGGCUCGCCGAUGAGCGCGACAUCAGCACGCGGGGUCUCGAAAUCGUGCGCCGCGCCGAAAGAGUCUACCUCGAAGCGUACACGGCCGUGCUGCUUGUCGACAAAGAGCAACUCGAAAGCUUCUAUGGCCGCGAAGUCGUUAUCGCCGACCGCGAAAUGGUCGAGUCUCAGUCGGAGCAGAUUCUAGAGGGAGCCGCUGAAAAGGAUGUGGCAUUCUUGGUGGUCGGCGAUCCCUUCAGUGCGACUACGCAUACCGACUUUGCGCUCCGCUGUAGACAGAGUGACCCGCCGAUACCCUACCGCACGCUACCCAAUGCCAGCAUCUUGACCGCCGUGGGCGCGACAGGACUCAGCUUGUACAACUUUGGGCAGACCGUAUCCAUGGUCUUCUUCACAGACAACUGGCGGCCAGACAGCUUCUACGAUCGUGUAGCGGAGAAUGUCAACCUCGGGUUGCAUACACUCGUUCUGCUGGACAUUAAGGUCAAAGAGCCGAAUCUGGAAGCACUGGCACGAGGCAAGAUCGUGUAUGAGCCUCCACGCUUCAUGACUGUCGCUCAGUGCGCCGAGCAAAUGAUCGAAGUCGAGGAGAAGAGAAGUCAAGGCGUGUGCGGAGGCUACAAGCUCGCAGUUGGCGUGGCCAGAUUGGGCAGUGAAGGAGAGCAAAUCGUUGCUGGCACGUUGGAGGAGUUGACACAAGCUGAUCUCGGCAAGCCCUUACACAGUCUGGUGUUAUGUGGAAAGAAGAUGCACGAGAUGGAGUGGGAAUAUAUGCGCGACUUUGCCAUGGAUAAAGAGAAGUUUGAUGAGAUAUGGAAGAGGGACUAUGCAGGCAGUGCAUGAUUCCAAUGCUUGCGAAUCAAGAGGAGCGCGUUACGCGUCGUGGGGAAGCACAACUUCUAUCGCGGUCAUGGCGGGGCCGCAAUACAACCACCAAAACAGACUGCGGACCACAGUCCGACACUUCUGCCAAUACGCAAAGUUCAAUCGCAAAACCCUCCUGAAAACCCUGGUCAGUCUCGUGUUCGCCGUAUCCAGCAAAGCUAUAACUUGACAUCGACCUUCGCGCCAAACACAACCUGAAGUUCAAGUUUGCAACAAAGCGAGACAUACAUAGGGGUGCACAGGGCCGAUUGAUCGCCAUCCAUACGGACUACGCAAGUGCCACUUCGGAUCCCGGUAUAGGAGAGCCCUCACCCAUGACGUCGGAAGCCCUAGGGCUUCUGCAAUAGGCUAUAGCAACACUCCCCCAUGUUUAGAAUCAGCACUAUACUAGGGCAGAAACCGGCAGAUCUCGGGCAAAAUGUCGACGUAUCCACGUCCCGUCAAUCACCAGGU